AUGUCAAGUGUGCAAGAAGAGAGUGUUGCGGAUGAUGAUGUCACUCCGUCAAACUCGCAAACUGUCCCAGAAACGACUGUUACUCUGUCAACUAAUGAUACUCUUGUCGAACCAAUCAAGCAGAAAUGGACGGUAUCGUUACUCAUAUCCAUAAUCAUAGUUGUCGCGUCAACUAGUUUUGUCAUGGGAGUGAAUAUUGGCGGUCCGAAUUUAUACAACGGUUUUGUCACUCCAUGGGCUCGCGGUUAUCCAUUUCCAUGUCAAAAAGAAGACAAUACAUCACAAUGGAUAGCACGAGAAUGGUGGAAUUGUGUGUAUAAUGAUACACGCAAGAAUGAGAAUGGAUUUUAUUAUCUACCAGAAGUACCAAAAAAUCAGCUUAUCACUCAAGGAUUGCGAGAUUCGCUGCACAAUGUUUUGUUCGUAAUUGGUGGUUUUAUCGGUGCUUACUCGGGACAAUAUUGGUACAAAUGUUUGUCGAGACGCAAUGCCAUCUUUGCCAAUAUGCCCUUUCAAAUCAUUGCUUCGGUUUUUAUGAUCAUUACUUUAUACAUUUAUCAUGGUUACGAAAAAGCUGAUCCAAAUCAGGAAACAAUAGAUAAAGCAAGAAAACAUAAAGAUGUAGCUAUAGCUUUUUUCUACAUAUCCCGAUUUCUUUCUGGAUUUGCUGCUGGUAUGUGCUGCGUUGUAUCAACCUCUUACUUGAACGAGAUAAGUCCUCGAGCAUUGCGAGGUACCGUAGGUUCAUGUCAUCAAUUAGCCAUUGUUAUCGGUAUAUUUAUUGGGCAAAUUGUUGGCCUACCAUGGAUAUUAGGACGACAUAAUACAUGGAAUUGGGGUAUGGCAUGGGUGGGUUUGUUGUCUCUGAUUGGGGCUGUAUUUAUAUGGACUCUACCAGAAAGCCCUCGAUGGCUAAUACAACAACGGAAACCAAAUGAAGCGGCACAGUCAUUACGUAAAUUAAGACAGAGUAACGAUAUUGAAAGUGAAUUGAUCGAAAUCGAACAAGAAGAAACGGCGACAGCAAAGAAAGAACUGGGAAUAGGAAAAGUUCUUUCCUCGAAAGAAUUUCGAUGGCCACUAAUCACAAGUUUGUUACUUAAUGCUGCUCAACAACUCUCAGGAAUCAAUGCAGUUUUCUUCUAUUCAAGAGAUAUGUUUACAUUAGCUGGUCUCCGAGAUGAAAAGGUCUUUUGGGGUAUAUUGGCAACAGGUGUGAUCAACUUGAUCGCCACUCUUGUUGCUUUGAAAUUGAUUGAAUUAUGGGGUCGUCGUCCGUUGAUCAUCUGGCCAUUAGCUGUAAUUAUUGGCGUCAUGAUUGGCUUGACGAUUUUCAUUGUUGUCAAUAGUAGAAAUUCUGAAAAUCAGAGGGAAGCAUUAGCCAUCGUUAGCAUUGUAUUUAUUCUUAUUUUCAUUAUCUUAUUCGCAAUUGGCCUUGGUCCUAUUCCAUAUGUUUUCUCGAACGAAGUGUUCGCAGUCGAAGCAUGUGCUGCUGGACUUUCACUGGCAAUGUUUGUGAAUUGGUUUUGCAAUUUCUUAGUUGCUCUGUUGUUCUUGCCGCUUCAAUCUGCUAUCGGUGGAUAUGUCUUUCUGAUAUUUUGUAUAUUCGUGGCUAUCGCCUUUGUCGUUCUAUUUUUAAAGAUGCCUGAAACUAAGAAUAAGUUAUUACCUGAAAUUGAAGCAUUUUGGAAAUGA